AUGGUCACUGCAUCAAGGGAUAAGUCGAGCUGCUUCCGCAGCAGCGUGGUGAAGCCCGUCCUACUUGCUGACAUUGGAGAAGGCAUCGUGGAAUGCGAAAUAAUCCAGUGGUUUGUCGAGCCAGACGCACGAGUUGAGGAGUUCUCCCCGCUAUGCGAGGUCCAGAGCGACAAGGCGUCUGUAGAGAUCACCAGUCGCUUUUCUGGCGUUGUAAAGAAGCUCUACUACGAAGCGGGGGAGAUGGCAAGGGUGGGAAAGCCGUUUGUGGACAUUGAUAUACAAGGCGACGUGAGCAAGGAAACACUGGAGGCAUUAACACCUUCAGAAACACCACAGGAAACACAGGCGGAGAAAACACCAACGCAACCAGAACCCCCAACAAGCUCCCGCCCCUCAUCAGAGCCGGCUGGAGAGGCAAAGGAGGCUGAAGCACCUGUCCAACCAAAAGGCAAACAUGCAGCCCUUGCGACACCGGCGGUACGGCAUCUUUCUAAGGAGUUAAAGGUAGAUAUAACAGACAUAGACGGCACGGGCAAAGACGGCAGGGUACUCAAGGAGGACAUCUACAAGUUUGUACAAGCAAGAGACUCGGAAGGACAACCGACGCCGUCUGCAAGGAGACCGGACCCAUCUCCGGAGGCUGAGGCUGGCGUGCAGAAAGAGACGCCAAUGCAGCUUACCAAGACGCAGGAGCAAAUGUUCAGGACCAUGACCAGGUCCUUGACAAUCCCGCACUUUCUGUAUGCGGAUGAGAUAGACUUUACAAAUCUGUGCGACCUGCGCAGCCGGCUCAACAGGGUGCUGGCCAAGUCUGGCGGUGAGAAGAGCAGCGGCACCGGCGAUGUUGUCGCGAAGUUGUCGUACCUGCCUUUCAUCGUCAAGGCCGUGUCCAUGGCGCUGUACAAGUAUCCCAUACUCAACGCGCGCGUGGACAUCGACCCGACCACCUCGAGGCCCAGCCUGACCCUGCGUAGCCAGCACAACAUCGGGGUGGCCAUGGACACGCCGUCCGGCCUGAUGGUCCCGGUGAUUAAGAACGUCGCCGCUCUGAACAUUCUCUCCAUCGCGUCCGAGCUGAUGCGCCUGCAGACCUUGGCCCUUGCGGGGAAGCUAUCCCCGCAGGAUAUGAGUGGCGGGACGAUAACGGUGUCCAACAUUGGCAAUAUCGGAGGCACGUAUCUGUCGCCCGUCAUCGUGGAGCGGGAGGUGGCCAUCCUAGGUAUCGGACGAAUGAGGACGGUUCCCGCCUUUGACGAGUCGGACCGGGUGGUCAAGAAGCAGGUGUGCAACUUUAGUUGGAGCGCCGACCACAGGGUCGUGGAUGGAGCCACGAUGGCGCGGGCGGCGGGAGUGGUCCGCGAGCUCGUGGAAGAACCAGACUCAAUGCUCAUGCAUCUGAGGUAG